GUCGCCUGCGCAAGGGACGGAGGCGAGGCGGGCUUCCCAGCUCCCAAGGAGAAAAGGGGAACUGGUGAGGCGCGAGGCAGCUGAGGCACAGAGGAAACCACAGAGCGGGGGAAGGGCGGCCGCGGGAGCGGUUCCCUCCUCGUACGAAGGGUGGGGCAGGGCUGCAGCCGCUGGCAUGUCGGAGGUACCAGAGCCUCUCCCGCCAGCCGAGGAGCCCUAGGUAGCUGGAGAAGAGCGGGGACCAUGGCCCGAGGACCGGGGUGCACGAGAAGGCAGCUGUCUCGCCGUUACACUGGGAGCUCGGCGUUGCCCGCGCCGCCGCCGCCGCCACUACCGUCGCUGUUGCUGCUGCUGCUGCUGGCCUGGGCUGCUGCGGGGGCCCGAGAGCAGGGGCCCCUCGAGUUCCCGCGUGCCGUUGCUAACCUGGCCGUGAGCGGGGAGCGCUUCCUAGUAGCCAGCGGCAACUGCUGGUACGAAGUGGCGCCUUCGCUGGCAUGGAAGGAGGAGCGCUACUGCGAGCCGCAGGGCAGUUCCUGUGGGACGCCGGUGGCCUCAGUCAACAAGCUGCUGCUGCCCUUCGAUCGCGACCGCUUGCUCAUCUGUUGGACUCAGCCGCGAGGCGUCUGCUAUGUCCAGAACCUUACCGAUGGGAGCUCCCCGGAGAAGUUGGGCGACGAAUUGGUGACCUACGCGCCUAAAGGCGCGGCGGCCGGACUGUUGUUUUGCGACAAUUGCUCAGACUGGUCCUUGGUCGUGGCCACGACCCACAAGCUAAACAAGUGCUUCGAUGAUCCCCCGGCUAGCAUCGCCAACAAGGCGGUCUUCCUCAUAAAAGUACGCGAGAAAAGAGUGGACGAAGACAGCCAGGUGCCCAUGAAGGAGGUGUACAACCUGCACUUCGAGGAUGCCUUUCGCUGGCAGAAGCACUUCUUUUUCCCUUAUUGGUAUAACAAUGGAAACACGGAGGCCAAGAUGCUCAUCGCUCGCUAUAAGGAAAACGCCUUCGAGUACAAUAGCCAGCUUCUGCGAUGUGGCGCCGGCAGCGAGACCAAAGUUCUUUCCUCGGCGUACCUGGAGCAACGCGAGCUCUGGGUCGGGAUUUUCAGCUCAGCCUCAGGUCCCGCCACGCCGACUUCCACGAGCCUUUGCAUCUUUGCUCUUGAAGAGCUGCUGAAAAAUGCGAAAAGCUGCAGCUUCAGCGAGCCCUCCACUUCCGAGUUCCAUUCGGAAUCCGAACCUCCAGACACAUGUAUAAAAGUUAUAUGGCCAAUCAACAACUCAACUUCUCUGAGUCACUUUAAUUUGGUUUCAGUUUAUGCCACUGUGCUUCUAAACAAGAUUGUUUUAUUUUUAGGGACAGGAAAUGGGCAGCUGUUGAAGAUUGUUCUUGAUGACAAAAUGAAGCCAAAUUGUCCAGAAAUUUUAUAUGAAAUUAAGGAAGAAACACCCAUUUUCCAUAGGCUUGAACUUGACCCUACGGAUCAGAAUUACAUCUAUCUACCAUCUAAUAAUAUGAUCAGGAGAAUACAGGUUGCAAAUUGCAGCAAAUAUAUUUCCUGUAGAGAUUGUUUAUCUGCAAUGGACCCACACUGUGGAUGGUGCCAUACAAAGAAAAGCUGCACUUUAAAAGGAGAAUGUUCAUUUUCUAGUAACUCACCUAACUGGGUAAAUAUUUCAUACAGCAUCAAUAAGUGCCUGAAAAUCUAUACUUCUCAACUCAAAAAUAGUAAGAUUCAUGUGAGAGUAGAUGUAAAUUCUUUUGGUCUUUCUGAAGCACAUUCCCGUUGCAAGAUGUUAAAUGCAAGGACCAAUGAAAUUCUUUGUGAUGUGAAUCAACGCCAUCUGAAUUGUUCCUGUGAUAUAAAUUUUGAAGAUCGAUCAGAAGUUCAAGUGUCAUUCAUCUCAGGAACUUGGAAGUUAUCAGAAAUAUUUGAAUUUGACAUCUGUUCCUUAUCAAAAACAUGCUCAGAAUGUAAUCAUAUGCACUGUACCUGGAAUGCUAGAGAAAAAAAAUGUGUUAUCUCUACCAUGACUUGUGCCAAAAAAGUUGAUUGUAGUAGUGCUAUCAAUGCAUUAAACAAAAAAGAUAAUUCAGCAACAUCAAAGCCUAUUAAAAUUAUUUCCAUUGAACCGAACUACAUAUCAACAUUAGGUAAACCUGAAGUGCUAGUCAUAGGAGAAAACUUUACAAAAUCAAAUUUUUUGAUGGAGAUAACUGGAACAAGCAGCUGCCAACGAGAUGUGGGAUAUGUUACUAAAGUGUUAAAUGACACACACAUGAAAUUCUGUUUACCACCAAGUCGUAAAGAAGUCAAGAGUGCAUGCAUAAAGGAAAACGGGUUUGAAUGUUCACCUUCUCUUCCACUACAUUACGUCUCUUUUCCAUCAUGUUCUGAGAUCCUUCCAAAUAUUACUUGGAUGAGAGGAGGUCGCAAUGUGACUAUACAUGGGAAAUAUCUGAGUAUUGCAGAUGAAAUUAUUUUAAGUGACUUUCCACAAAACCUAAUGCAUUUUACUUGCCACAAAAAUAAUUUUGAAUGCAGUUUUACAACUCCAGCUGUUAAAAUGGAGAAAGGACCUAAGAUUAUUAAUAUUAUUCUUAAAGUUAAAAAUAUUAAUAUAUCUUGUGGUGACUUUCAAUAUUAUCCUGAUCCUAAAUUUCUUCAUUAUGAACUCAUAACUGAUUUGGAACCUGACCUGGAAUUGAAAAUACAUAAAAAAAAAGACAACUUAAAUCUUUCUAGACAUGAACUUGAAGUUUUCUUAUCUGAUAAGAAUCUGAUCAACAUAACAUUCAAUGUCCAAAAUAUUUCAAAAACAGCUACUCGUAACAUAAUACACUGUAGAGCUAGACAGGAAAAAAACCUUAUCAGCAAGAUUAACAAGUCAAGCAUGAAAGUUUAUGUCAAGGUGGGGAAUUUUGUGUAUGAAGUUCCUAAUGAAAACAAGAACUAUUCAUUCUUCUACAUUCUUUUGUUAAUCCCAAUAGUAAUUGUGGUUGCAUUUUUUGUCACCCAGCGAAAGUCCAAACAAUUAAAUCGAAAAUUGAGUGAACAUCUGGAGCUAUUAGAAUGUGAACUUCGUAAAGAAAUACGGGAAGGGUUUGUUGAACUACAAGUUGAAAAAUUGGAUAUAAUUGAUAGUUUUGGAACAAUUCCAUUUCUUGACUACAAGCAUUUUGUUCUUAGGACUUUUUUACCAGAGACUAUAGAUAUUUCAUCUAUAUUUAUUGAAGACUCUAAUGAACCACUAAGCAAAGACCAGGGUCUAUAUGCAUUAAUUUGUAACAAACAUUUUCUUGUUACUCUGAUUCACAUUCUUGAAAAACAGAAAACCUUUGAUGUGAAAGAUAGAUGCUUGUUUGCAUCUUUUUUGACAAUUGCACUACAGACCAAUCUAGUCUAUUUAACUAAUAUUCUAGAAGUUUUGACAAAAGAUUUGAUGGAGCAAUCUAGCAAUAUACAACCUAAGCUGAUGCUGAGGCGUACAGAAUCGGUAGUAGAAAAGCUGCUUACAAACUGGAUGUCAGUUUGCCUUUCUGGUUUUCUUCGGGAAACAGUUGGGGAACCAUUCUUUUUACUUGUAACAACUUUAAAUCAAAGGAUUAUCAAGGGUCCUGUGGAUGUAAUAACUUGCAAGGCCCUAUACACACUAAAUGAAGACUGGUUACUCUGGCAAGCCCCUGAAUUCAGCACAGUGGUAUUAAAUGUUGUCUUUGAAAAUAUCCAAGAAAAUGAGGCCAGUGGUGCUACUCAGAAUAUCCAAGUUAAAGUAUUGGAUUGUGACACCAUUGGACAGGCCAAAGAGAAGAUCCUACAGGCCUUUCUGAACAAGAACGGAUCACUAUAUGGUCUCCAGCUAAGAGAAAUGGGACUGACUCUUGAGUCUGUUUCCCAAGCAAAAGAACUUCUGGAUGUAGAUGGUUCCUCAGUGAUUUUGGAAAAUGGGGUUACUAAGCUGAAUACCAUAGGUCAUUAUGAGAUUUCAGAUGGAGCAAAAAUGAAAGUAUUUAAGAAGAAACAAGAUAUAUCAGCUGAUGGAGAAUAUUCUGAGGAUUAUUGCCAUCUGAUAUUACCAGAUGCAGAAGCAGCCAAAGAAACACAGAGUGCAAAACAUAAAGGAAAACAAAAAUUUAAAGUCAAAGAAAUGUAUCUUACGAAACUUCUCUCUACUAAGGUUGCUAUCCACUCAACUGUUGAAAAGCUCUUUAGAAGCAUUUGGAAUUUGCCUAACAAUAAAGCCCCAGUUGCUAUUAAAUAUUUUUUUGAUUUUCUGGAUGCUCAAGCUGAAAAUAAAAAAAUUACAGAUCCCGAUGUGGUUCAUAUCUGGAAAACCAACAGUCUGCCUCUUCGAUUCUGGGUGAAUAUUCUGAAGAAUCCUCAAUUUGUGUUUGAUAUUAAAAAGACUCCACAUAUAGACGGCUGCCUGUCAGUCAUUGCACAAGCAUUUAUGGAUGCAUUUUCUCUGUCAGAGCAACAAUUGGGAAAGGAAGCACCAACAAACAAACUUCUCUAUGCUAAGGAUAUACCACUUUAUAAAGAGGAAGUUAAAGCUUUCUAUAAAGCAAUAAGGGAUUUGCCUCCAUUGCCCAGAGCAGAGCUAGAAGAAUUUUUAAUUCUGGAAUCACAGAAACAUGAAAAUGAGUUUAAUGAGACCGAGGCCUUGAAUAAAAUUUAUCAAUAUAUAACAAGAUACUUUGAUAAGAUACUGAAUAAAUUAGAGACAGAACGAGGGUUUGAAGAAGCCCGACAGCAACUCUUAAAUAUAAAAGGUUUAAUGGAUGAAAAGAAAAAAUGCAAAUGGGCGUAGGAAUUUAAUUGUAUAAUUGCUGGUGUUAUGGAACCAAAUUGAAAAUAUUGCCCAACCCAAUUCGCACAAAAGCAGCAAUGGAUGCCAUCAGAUUGGAACAGCCAUCUCCAGAUGUGUCAACAAAGUGGAGCCUGGACUGAGAAGUAUACCUUCCUGCUGCUGGCAGCUGAAGCAAUCUCUCUAUGCAGAUCUUCCCUCCUAGAUUGACACAAUCAAGUAAUUUUGGUUGAAUUUUUUGAAUUAAAAACAAACUGAAAUACAGAUCUUAUAUAAACAAACUGGUUGUGUUAUAUAGUUCACAACUGUGUCUAAUUUCUAUGCUGUCAUUGAGCAGCAUAGUGCCUUAAGUGCCUUAAAAAACUUCUCUCUUGGUUUCAGAUAAGCACAAAUAUAUCCUGUUGUUAUUCAUAUCUGAGAAUCAAAAUCAUUAGAGAGUUUUCAGUUGCUAUAUGGUUUGAUAACAAAGUGCAGAGUUUCAGUUUCCUCCAAAUAGUUGCACAUUGUGGCAUAACUAAAAGUGAUGUGUGACUGAAAUGGAGGGGAAGAUUUCCAGCACAUUGAUACAGAAACGUAAUUCAUCUCUUGUUAAAGUCGGUUUCUUAUCCCGUUCAUCCAUUGAAGAUCUUAUGGACACAUCCAUGUAAGUCUCUUGGCAGAAUAAUGGAAGUGGUUUGCAUUGGCCUCAACUUCCCUGUCUUCUGAACGCAAUUUACACUUUGAAUUUUUUCCAUCAUUGUAUCUGCACUUUUAAAAAAUGGAGAUGAAGGCCUUUCCUAUCUGUAUUUUUAUUAGUAUAUACAUGCAUUGUAAAUAUAAGGGCAAAAGAAAAAUUACAAAGAGGUUUUUUUAAAACAAGAUUCAUAAAUGUAUCAUAAUUUUAUUGUUGACUAUAAAGAAAAUGUGCAGGAGGGCUCAACUUCUGUGCUUUCCCUGCAGAUGGAAUACCAAUUUUCUCAGCUAUAUUUUAUAGGGCCCUGCAGUGUCUGCAUUUGAAGGCAAAACGAUAUUGUCUGCUACUCCUUCAGGAAGUUGUAUCUUUUUCUGGGAUUGGGGUGGUGCACCACAAUUAUAGCAGAAUCCCAAGGAAUGGAUAGGUUUGAUAUAAUGAGUGCUAUGUACACACUCUAAAGUGUCUCCUUGCCUUCAAAUAUGAGUCACUGCUCAGCUCCAAUAUUUAGAGUUUCUUUAUUGCAUCCUGCUCAGAGUAAUAUUUGCAAGGAACACAUCAGCAGAGGUUUGCAUCUACUGUAUCAUUUAAAAAAAAUUAAACAGAAAAAUUUAAAAGUGCCUCAAGAAAUAGACAUUAUAUCAGGUUCUGGUCCCAAUACUUCUUGCUAGGAAAACCCUAAUGACAUUGGCAAGCUUAACUAGCCAUUAUAGGCUGAUGAUUCUCUAGGAGAAGGGUGCCCAAACUUGGCAACUUUAAGAUUUGUUGAUUUCAACUCCCAGAAUUCCCAAUCCAGCAUGGUUAGCUUGUCCAGCAAAAUACAAAUAGAUGUAUUCUAAUACAGAGGUCCCCAACCCCCGACCGAAUGCAUGAAACUUUAUUUGCACAUGGGUGGGAUUAGGUUGCAUGCGUGAAACCAUUCCCCCCCUCCCCCGCUGCUGCCGCUGCCAGUCUGUGAAACCAAAAAGGUUGGGGACACUGGUCUAAUAGGAAAAUGGAGGGGAGAGCCAUUCCCACACUGUUUCUUCUAAGGCAGCGGCUCCCAACCUUUUCUAUACCCUGCACCCUUAGAACGUUUCUGAUAUAUUCUCCUGCCCCUUACAAAAUUUCAAAAUAACGAAUUAUGCAUAUACACUAUCAUUUUGAAACUUCUAAAGCCAAGUUUUUGCACCCCCUAGAAUAUUGUCUCACACUUCCUGUUGGGAACCCCUGUUCUAAGGUGUAGACAGGCAGAGAAGAGACUUGUCUAUUUCUCAUUGAAUAUAUCUAUGUAAAAAUAAAAAGCAAAGCAUUGAGGCCGAUGUUGUUUUUUCCUUCCUUCAGAAAAUGUUUUACAUCAUGUGGAAAAUAGGUUUUACGAAAUUAAAAGAAUAUUAAGCACAAUGUGUCAUAUUUAUCAAUAGGUGCUGAACAUUUCUCCCCCCAAUAAUUGCCUGUUAAUUAUUGGAUGAGUAACAUAAGAAUGAACAAAACAUACAACUCAAUGUUACAUAGCAUGGAUGUCUCUGAAGAUGAGAGUAGGGUUUCCCAAACUAAAUUGUAUCAAAAAUGAUACAGUGAAUCUGUAUGUUCCUACCCCCCACACAAUUGAGUUCCUGAAUUCAGUUUCAUUUUGAAGACAGUUAUUCUUAUUCAUCAGAGUCAGGAAGGAAAGAGGGUGAUGGUGGUUCUAAACCAGCUUGAGUUAAACACUUGCACAACACUGAGAAAUGUAAGUUGCUUUCAGAAUAUCUGCCAGUUAUUGCCCAGGCACUAGUGCUACUCUUUUGAAGGGCAAAAUGGUGAUGGUGGUGCCUGUGAAAGAAAAAAAUAUAUGAAAAAGACCACUCAGGCUUCCUAUUUGAUAGGCAUCAAGAGCUGGCUUGCUUUCAGUAACUGUUAAGUCUACUCCAAAAAACAGAGCAGCAAGGAAGGUACUUGGAAUGGGAUUUCCAAAAAAAUAGCCUUUUUAAAAAUACCUAAACAGGAUCUUCCCCCCUCCCCCCCGGUUCUUUCUUCCCUUUUUUCAUCCUAAUUAAUUCUGUGUUGAUUUCUGUUCAAUUGUAUUUUCUCUGUUCUUUUUCUCCCUAAACAUCUAUUCCUUCCUCAAAUGUCAUGGUGUUUUAGAUGUUCCAUUUCCGCUGGAAGGGCACAGGGAAAUGUGUAUAUAUAAUUAUGUUUCUCUGCGUGAAAGUAGCUUGUGCAUGCAGAAAGGAUCAGUACUGUAAGUGGAGCACUUUAUUUGAUAAGUAAUUCAUUUUGAACAGUAGUUACUAAAUUAAUACAUGCGGGACCAGGGAUUGUACUUGUUUUUUGGGGAAACAAUUUCCAAUAAGCAUAUAUAUAUAUAUGGAGGCAUGGGGUGGGGUGCAGUGGGAAAUGUCCAAGGCUGGUUUUAGCUGGAGCUUGUACACAGGAUUUUAAAAAGUUCUUUGAAAAUUGCAAUGUAUUUAUUGUAUGUUGCAUUAUUGAAAAGAACUACUGAAAUAAAAUAUUUCUGACAAUCUCUGUAAACAAGCCACAUUUUAGCAUUCCUAUAGUAAAUGUGUAAAACAAUUUAAAAUUAUUUUAAAUUUUAUAGAUGCAUAUAAUUCCAAUCUAUUAGGCUUAAAGUAAUUGUUUUCAAGUAUAUAUGGAGUUUGAAAAUAUAUUGCAUGAAUAUGUAAAAUGUUUCAUUUCACAUAUAUAAACUGCAAUAUUUAUUUUUGUUUGAUUUGAAACUUUAGUAUAUGUUCCAGUUUUUCAAGAAAAUCAAUGUGAAAACAAGUAUAGCAUUUUUAAUGGGCAGAUAAUUUAGAAAUCUGUUUUUUACAGAAAUCAGUUUUAUUCCAGAAUUAUAAUUUUCAAAAAUGGAAAAAUAAAAAAUAAACUUCAAAAUUUUA